AUGUCAACAAAUCCCCAACCCACAUCUUCCGAUCUAGGAAGCGGCGACGAUGUUCCAACAUCCAUUGCUCCACCACCUCGUCCAUUAUCUCUCACAGAUACCACAUAUCAAGGUGCAUCUGAUGCAGAAAUGGGCGUAACAACAACUUCUCUAAUUCAUGUUCAUGAUGAUGAAGUCACUGAGCAAUUGCGAAUUCCUGAGUUAUCUAAUGUUGUCUCUUGGGAUAGUGAUUCUGAUCCGUUGAAUCCGAUGAAUUGGUCUACGAGUAAACGUUGGGCUAAUACGGUUGUUAUUUCUAUUAUGACUUUUUCUACUCCUCUCGCUUCAACAAUGUUUGCACCCGGUGUCCCACUCGUCAUGGAUGAAUUUCAUUCUACAAAUACCAUUCUCCAAACCCUCGUCGUCUCAAUCUUCGUUCUAGGUUUCGCCAUGGGUCCUUUGAUCGCCGCCCCCAUGUCUGAACUCUAUGGUCGCAAACCCGUUUAUCUAACUACUAAUUUCUUAUUCUUGAUCUUUACACUUGCUUGUGGUUUAUCAACUGAUCUCACCAUGUUGAUCGUCUUCCGAUUCUUCGCAGGAUGUGCUGGAGGUGCUCCGACUGCACUUGGUGGCGCGAGUAUCGGUGAUAUGUUCCCAAGAGAUCAACGCGGUAUUGCAAUGGCGAUAUGGGGUAUGGGACCAUUGCUAGGACCAAUCGUAGGACCUAUCAUUGGGGGAGUUCUAGCUGCAGGAGCGGGUUGGCGAUGGGCUUUUUGGUUGGAGGCUAUUAUUGCUGGUCUUACAUUUAUAGGUGGAUUUUUCCUCUUGCAGGAAACAUAUCCCGUGGUGAUUCUAGAAACAAAAACGAGACGCAUCAUCAAGGAGACAGGAGAUACAUCGAAAGUCUCAGCAUUACACCAUAAAGAUUCCCCCUUUCAACAUUUCACCAAUGCGAUUAUUCGCCCUCUCAAAAUGUUAUUCCUAUCACCCAUCGUCUUUCUCCUCUCAGUCUAUUACGCCGUACUCUUCGGGUACCUCUAUCUCUUCAUCGCCACCUUCCCCACCACAUUCUCUCGGCAAUAUCAUUUCUCGAUGGCGACGACGGGUCUCGCCUAUCUAGGACUGGGCUGUGGAAUUGCAAUUGGACUUUUUAUAUCAGGCAAGGUGUCUGAUCCGAUAUUUAAAAUGUUGACGGAGAAGAAUGGAGGGGUGGCCGAGCCGGAAUAUCGUUUGCCGACGUUGAUGUUGACGAGUCCGUUGAUUGCGGUGGCGUUUUUUAUUUAUGGGUGGACGGCUCAGUUGAGGGUUCAUUGGAUUGUACCGAUUAUUGGGACUAGCUUUUUUGGAAUUGGUAUGAUUCCUGCUUUUCUCUCAAUCAACAUGUACCUAGUCGACAGUUUCCCCACCUACGCCGCAUCCGCAAUCGCAGCCACAAAAGUCUUUCAAUCAAUAGGAGGAGCAUUCUUACCAUUAGCUGGUCAGCCGCUCUAUGCAGAACUUGGAUUGGGUUGGGAUGUUAAUUAG